UUCAGAAUUCAUCUCCUUUACCCUUUGAAAUUCUCAUAAUUCACCACUGUGCUCAUGUUUGCAGGGUCUUACACCUUAUGAAUUUGUGGAAAGCAUGAAGAAGAAGGGCAUUCGAGUGCCAGGAAUUGGUCACAGGAUAAAGAGAGGUGACAACAGAGAUAAGAGAGUGGAACUGCUUCAACGUUAUGCCCGUGAAAAUUUCCCUUCUGUGAAGUACAUGGAAUACGCAGUUCAGGUUGAAACUUACACCCUCUCAAAGGCAAACAACCUAGUCCUCAACGUUGAUGGGGCCAUUGGAUCACUAUUCUUGGAUCUCCUAGCUGGCAGCGGAAUGUUCACUAAGCCCGAAAUUGAUGAAAUUGUUGGGAUUGGUUACCUGAAUGGGCUCUUUGUCCUCGCCCGUUCCAUUGGUCUCAUCGGGCACACAUUUGACCAGAAGAGAUUGAAGCAACCUCUAUACCGCCACCCAUGGGAAGACGUUCUCUACACCAAGUGAAGAGCCCUCGUCCCAAUACAAGAACAUUCAUUCCAAAAAUUUGGUUAGCCAUCUGUUGUGUCAAGUAUUUCCCGUGUUAGACCAGUGUCUAUACUUGUAAUAGCUGCUGCAUGCUUUGCUUUUGACUAUUUCCUUUCGGAUUUUGUAAACUCCUCUCGCAAAAAGAGUACUCUCCAUUUUCGUUUAUUAUGAUCAUCAGUUUUCCAUUCUGAAAUUGUUCCUGAGGUUCCAUAUAUUCAGGAAAGAAAUAGCAUUUCCAUUAUUGUCCCACAAAUCAAAGAAUGUAGCUGUGUUUGGUGUUCUAUUCAUGAUUUUUGUCUUUUGUUCUUGUUCAA